AUGAGACAACAACGUGAUUCCGAACUUGAGAUGGAAUUAAUUCCACGACAAACAUCAAAUGGAGUUGAUUCAUCAUCACUCGUAUCAUCAUCAUCAACAAUAUCUUCGUCAUCAUCAUCAUCGACCAAAUCAUCAUUUAAUCUCAUGAAUAGUUCUUUGACUGUAUGGUUUAUUCCAUUAUUAUUUGCAUUAGCUACUAUUUAUAUGUAUAUUUUAUCGACAAAUGCGCCACCAUUAAGUACAGACCAGGACAGAGCUUCUCUUCAUUUUCCACGAAGUAUUGAUUCUUUAAAAAAUUUAUCAGCCACAUUACAACACUAUCGUGAUGAUCAUCUUGCUUAUCUUCUAUUACUUUAUUGUUCGGCGUAUUUAUACAAACAAUCUUUUUCAUUACCAGGCUCAGCUAUUCUGAAUUUACUUGGUGGUGCUUUAUUUGGUACAUGGUUUGGUUUUCCGCUUUGUUGUUUAUUAACAGCAACGGGUGCUCUCUUAUGUUAUUUACUUGUAGCUAAUUUUGCUCGUAAUUUAGUUGUUCAAUGUUGUUAUAAAAAAAUUGUUUUAUUACAAAAGAAGGUUGAAGCUGGUCGAGAUAAUCUUUUUUUUGUUUUACUUUUUAUGCGAAUGGUACCUAUGAGUCCUAAUGCACUUAUAACAAUGACAUGUCCAAUAUUAAAUGUGCCAAAAAAAAUAUUUUACUUUUCAAUUCUCUUCGGUAUGGCUCCAUAUAAUUUUAUAACAGUACAAACUGGUUCAUUUCUUUCACAAUUAAAUAGUUUUGAUGAUUUAUUUACAUGGCGAACAUUGCUUACACUUGGCCUUAUAGCUUCAGUAGCUGGUUGCACUGGUUUAAUUGUUGCACGUGUACGACGAAAAAUUCCACAAACAGUGAUAUAA